CUUUAAACGAGUAAAUGUUGUAUGGCAAUAAAAUUGUCAACAUUAAAACAGUGAAAACAUUUUUUAACUGACGUUGAAAUAUUUAAAAAAAAGAAAGAUAACAAUGAAAAGAAUUUUUAUUUUAAUCUUCUUAUGGCAUAGUGUAAAAGCGAUUUGUAAUACGUGUCAACAAAAUGGCGUUUCCUGUAUCAGCAGAACCUCGUAUCAAUUGUGUUUCGGAGGAUCAAAGGCUCAUUUAAAACAAACAUUUAAGUGCUCGGAUGGCUUGGUAUGCACAGACUUGCCAAAUAUUUGCUUUCAAAGUGGGGGAUGGAAACCAAGUUGUGGUGACAAAUCGCAAUGUGGCGUUUGUAAUUCAAACCGAGUUUUUGCGUGUACAGGCCGAACAACAUUUGCAUUUUGUUUUGGUUCCAAUACUCCAACCGAUGUCAAAGGAACAUGUCCUUAUGGAUAUAUUUGUGAUUUAACUUCGACAUCAAUUUGUGUUCCGGAUAGAAUUGGAUUAGAACCAUCAUGUAAUAAAAAUGUAUUUGAGGAUUUGAAAUAAAAAUCAACUUUAAUU